CCAUGCCGGCGGGCAGCACGGAGCCGGACGGCAUCCUCAGCUACCAGAGACCUGAUGAAGAGGCGGUUGUGGAUCAAGGUGGGACUAGCAAUGUUGUCAACAUCCAUUAUGAGAAGGAAGAGCUGGAAGGGCACAGAACUCUGUAUGUUGGGGUCCGAAUGCCUUUGGUGAGACCGGGUCACAGGCAUCACCGAACUCAUGGCCAAAAGCACAGGAAACGGGACCGGGCGAAGGGAGCGGUUCAGGAAGAGCAGGAAUCUCAUGACACCCCGUCUCAGCGAGUUCGGUUUAUCCUUGGUACUGAGGAGGAUGAGGAGCACGUCCCCCAUGACCUCUUCACGGAGCUGGAUGAGAUUUGUGUGAAGGAGGGGGAGGACACAGAGUGGAAGGAAACGGCCAGGUGGCUGAAGUUUGAGGAGGACGUGGAGGAUGGAGGGGAACGGUGGAGCAAGCCUUACGUUGCUACGCUGUCCUUACACAGCCUCUUUGAGCUGAGGAGCUGCAUCAUGAACGGUACAGUCCUCCUGGAUAUGUGUGCCAGCAGCAUCGAAGAAAUCGCAGAUAUGAUUUUGGAUCAGCAAGAACAGUCCAGCGAGUUUGAUGAAAGCAUGCGGGUGAAAGUGCGGGAGGCCCUGUUGAAGAAGCACCACCAUCAGAAUGAGAAGAAGAGGAACAAUCUCCUCCCAAUUGUCCGCUCUUUCGCAGAUGUUGCCAAGAAACAGUCGGAUCCACACUUGUUGGACAAGACAGCCAUGCACCUGUUGUCUCCCCAUCCAUCUACCACUCUAGAGAUGAAGAAUGGAGUGAACCAUGAUACAAGCCCUAUGGAUUUAAGCAAGGCUGAGCUGCAUUUCAUGAAGAAAAUUCCCACUGGGGCAGAAGCUUCCAAUGUUCUGGUGGGCGAGCUGGAUUUUCUCCUUCGUCCCAUCGUGGCGUUUGUGCGCCUAACUCCCGCCGUCCUCCUCUCGGGCAUGACAGAAGUUCCUAUCCCAACCAGGUUCUUGUUUAUCCUGCUGGGACCAGAAGGGAAGGCUCAUCAGUACCAUGAGAUUGGCAGGUCAAUGGCUACCCUCAUGACAGACGAGAUUUUCCAUGACGUUGCUUAUAAAGCCAAAGACCGUGGGGACCUUGUGGCUGGUAUUGAUGAAUUUCUAGAUCAGGUGACAGUGUUGCCCCCUGGAGAAUGGGAUCCAUCAAUUCGAAUUGAACCUCCAAAAAAUUUACCUUCCCAGGAAAAGAGGAAGAUGCCGGCAGUCCCUAAUGGCAAUGCCUGCCACCCCGAACCGGAACACCACAGCGGACCUGAACUUGAGCGAACGGGGAGGCUCUUUGGGGGUUUGAUUCUGGACGUAAAGCGCAAAGCUCCUUGGUUCUGGAGUGACUUUCGGGAUGCUCUGAGUUUACAGUGCUUGGCAUCCUUCCUCUUCCUGUACUGUGCCUGUAUGUCUCCUGUGAUCACUUUUGGGGGGUUGCUUGGAGAAGCGACCGAUGGACAAAUAAGUGCAAUGGAAUCCUUGUUUGGCGCCUCCAUGACAGGAGUGGUGUACUCCCUGUUUGCCGGACAACCCCUCACUAUCUUGGGAAGUACUGGACCAGUGUUGGUGUUUGAAAAGAUUUUGUUCAAAUUCUGCAAGGACUACACCCUCUCUUACCUUUCCCUGCGAACCUGCAUUGGACUGUGGACUGCUUUCCUAUGCAUCGUCCUGGUGGCGGCUGACGCCAGCUCCUUGGUGUGCUACAUCACGCGCUUUACUGAGGAAGCCUUUGCCUCUUUGAUCUGUAUUAUCUUCAUCUAUGAGGCAAUAGAGAAGCUGAUCAGACUGGGAGAGAUGUAUCCUGUCCACAUGCACAGCCAGCUCGACCAUCUGACUCUCUACUACUGUAGCUGUGGAGCCCCUGCCAGCCCCAGCAAUGAAACCGUGCAGUACUGGGACAGCAUCAAUAUUGACCCUUCCACGCUUGAAUGGGCAAACCUGACUGUCAGUGAAUGCCAGGAAUUGCACGGAGAAUUUAUUGGCUCUGCGUGUGGAGAGCACGGCCCGUACACGCCCGAUGUCCUCUUCUGGUCCUGCAUCCUCUUCUUCACCACCUUCAUCCUGUCGGGCUCCCUGAAGAUGUUUAAAACCAGCCACUAUUUCCCAACAAAAGUGCGUGCCAUGAUAAGCGACUUUGCUGUUUUCUUAACUAUCGUCAUUAUGGUGGUUAUUGACUUUUUAAUUGGGAUCCCAUCGCCUAAGCUGCAAGUUCCCCAUGUCUUCAAGCCGACAAGAGAUGACCGUGGUUGGAUUAUUAGCCCAAUUGGACCAAAUCCCUGGUGGACAGUGCUGGCUGCUAUCAUACCCGCUCUCCUCUGCACCAUCCUGAUAUUCAUGGACCAGCAGAUCACUGCUGUUAUCGUGAACAGAAAAGAGCAUAAACUCAAGAAAGGAUGUGGCUACCACCUAGAUCUACUAAUGGUGGCGAUCAUGCUUGGUGUGUGCUCUGUGAUGGGGCUACCCUGGUUUGUAGCGGCGACAGUUCUGUCCAUCACCCAUGUGAAUAGCCUCAAACUGGAGUCAGGCUGCUCUGCCCCAGGGGAACAACCAAAGUUUCUGGGCAUACGAGAGCAAAGGGUUACAGGCCUCAUGAUCUUUGUGCUUAUGGGCUGUUCUGUCUUCAUGACGUCCGUGUUAAAGUUUAUACCGAUGCCUGUGCUUUAUGGCGUGUUCCUUUACAUGGGCGUUUCAUCACUCAGAGGCAUUCAGUUCUUCGACCGCUUGAAGCUGUUUGGGAUGCCAGCGAAGCACCAGCCCGACUUCAUCUACCUGCGACACGUCCCCUUGCGAAAAGUGCACCUCUUCACCCUGAUCCAGCUGGCUUCUCUGGUUUCGCUGUGGGCCAUAAAGGCGUCACCUGCUGCCAUCGUCUUUCCCAUGAUGGUUUUGGCUCUCGUCUUUGUUCGGAAAGUCUUGGAUUUCUGCUUCUCAAAGAGGGAGCUGAGCUGGCUUGACGACCUCAUGCCAGAAAGCAAGAAGAAAAAAAUAGAAGAUGCCAAAAAUAAAGCCAAAGAAGAGGAGGAGUCUCAGAAGAUGAUGGAUGCUGCUGAAACAAAUGUCAUUGAGCUGCCUCUGGGGAAAGCUGAAUAUUCAACUGCUCCAAAGCAAAAUAACAAUGGGAGGGUGGAUCCUUCAGAGAUUAACAUCUCCGAUGAAAUGCCUAAAACGACGGUAUGGAAAGCUCUCAGCAUGAAUACAGAAAAGCUCUAGAUCCAAGGAGACGAGUUUUUCCAUUUAGGGAUCUUGGCUUUGGAGGAGGCGACGAAUGAGAAGAUGACUCAGGGAUGAGCCAAGACACACAGACAGGGGGGAAAAAAAUACUUUUCGAAACAGAGGAAAGGAGAGAAAAAAAUUAGUACCCUCCCCGCCCCCAGGACUUCCUUCAGUCAAGUAACUGGAUUCAUAUUAAAGCCAUUCAGAAGUUUUCAAUUA